AUGACGGUCACCGAGAAAGAGAUAAACCCGAAGGCGUACCCUCUAGCCUCUGAUGAGCUUACCAACACCAUCUUGGGAACCGUCCAGCAGGCCCACAGCUACAAGCAGCUGAGGAAAGGUGCCAAUGAAGCCACAAAGGGACUGAGUCGCGGCAUUGCCGAGCUGAUAGUUCUCGCUGCUGAUGCAGAACCGUUGGAGAUUUUACUCCACCUGCCGCUUCUGUGCGAAGACAAGAACGUCCCCUAUGUGUUUGUGAAGUCUAAAGUUGCACUUGGGAGAUCCUGUGGUGUCACACGGCCCGUGAUUGCGUGCUGCAUCAUCAGCAGAGAAGGUAGCGCGCUUAACCCGCAAAUUGCUGAGCUGAAAAACAGCAUCGAAGCCAUGCUCAUCUAA